CUCGAACGCCGCCGCCCCCGGAGAGCCGAACCACAAACCCAAGCCUCCCGGAGGAGAAGGCGGCGGCGCCGCGGCGAUGGACGCCUCGGCCGGCGGCGGGGGGAACUCCCUGCCGACGACCGGCGCGGACGGGGCGAAGCGCCGGGUGUGCUACUUCUACGACGCGGAGGUGGGGAACUACUACUACGGGCAGGGCCACCCGAUGAAGCCCCACCGCAUCCGGAUGACCCACGCGCUGCUCGCCCACUACGGCCUCCUCGACCAGAUGCAGGUGCUCAAGCCCCACCCGGCCCGCGACCGCGACCUCUGCCGCUUCCACGCCGACGACUACGUCUCCUUCCUCCGCUCCGUCACCCCGGAGACCCAGCAGGACCAGAUCCGCGCGCUCAAGCGUUUCAACGUCGGCGAGGACUGCCCCGUCUUCGACGGCCUCUACAGCUUCUGCCAGACCUACGCCGGCGGCUCCGUCGGGGGCGCCGUCAAGCUCAACCACGGCCACGACAUCGCUAUCAACUGGGCCGGCGGUCUCCACCACGCGAAGAAGUGCGAGGCCUCCGGCUUCUGCUACGUCAACGACAUCGUCCUCGCCAUCCUUGAGCUCCUCAAGUACCACCAGCGUGUUCUUUAUGUGGAUAUCGAUAUCCACCAUGGGGAUGGUGUGGAAGAGGCAUUUUACACGACGGACAGGGUGAUGACGGUCUCAUUCCAUAAGUUUGGGGAUUAUUUCCCGGGGACGGGGGACAUUCGCGAUAUUGGGCACUCCAAGGGGAAGUAUUACUCCCUAAAUGUCCCAUUGGAUGAUGGUAUUGAUGAUGAGAGCUACCAGUCCUUGUUCAAGCCCAUCAUGGGGAAGGUGAUGGAGGUUUUUCGCCCUGGCGCGGUUGUUCUCCAGUGUGGCGCAGACUCUUUGUCUGGUGACAGGUUGGGUUGCUUCAACCUAUCAAUCAGGGGGCAUGCGGAAUGUGUGAGAUUCAUGAGGUCCUUCAACGUCCCGCUGUUACUGCUUGGUGGUGGUGGGUAUACCAUAAGAAAUGUUGCACGAUGUUGGUGCUAUGAGACAGGAGUUGCACUUGGUCAUGAGCUCACUGACAAGAUGCCUCCAAAUGAUUAUUAUGAGUAUUUUGGUCCAGAUUAUACACUUCAUGUUGCACCAAGUAACAUGGAGAACAAAAACACACGCCAGCAAUUGGAUGAUAUAAGAUCAAGACUCCUUGAUAAUCUUUCAAAACUUCGACAUGCUCCUAGCAUCCAAUUUCAAGAGCGACCCCCUGAGGCUGAGCUACCUGAGCAAGAUGAAGACCAAGAUGAUCCUGAUGAAAGACACCAUGCUGAUUCUGAUGUGGAAAUGGAUGAUGUCAAACCUUUGGAUGACUCAGGAAGGAGGACCAGUAUUCAGAAUGUGAGAGUUAAGAGAGAGUCUGCUGAAACAGAUGCCAUAGAUCAGGAUGGUAAUAGAGUCACUGCAGAGCACACGAAGGGCACAGAACCUGUGGCUGAUGGAGUUGGUUCCUCGAAACAAACUGUUCCUAACGAUGCAAGUGCGAUGGCCAUAGAUGAACCAGGCACCCUAAAAGUUGAGGGAGAUAACUCAAACAAAUUGCAGGAUCAACCUUCGGUGCACCAGAAGCCAUAGAACUCUACCUUACACUUAGUAACUGAUGCCAUCUGUCGGCCAUUGAUUCUAUUGGAGAAACCCCAACUCUGAAGCAGAGAGUUCAGAAAAAUACCAAAAGUUAUAUACCAAAAUUCGAAUGGUAUGUACACCUUUCGAACUGUUGGUGUUUUGUGCGCUAUAUUUAUGACAGGCUGACUGUUAUGGUAUUUCUGAUUAGCUUUAGUUUAACCCUGGCUGUUGUCGAGAAAUUGUUAUAGUCGCAAUAUAUUCUGGAUCCACCGAACAAUGUGUGACGGCUGCCAUACCAUUGGUUGUGACUUCAGUAAUGUAUGUAUAUGCAUGUAUAGGGAUAGGCAGCAGACAUUGCUUUGGUGGGAGCUAUAGCUUUGUCUCUCUUCACAUCCCUAAUACAUGGGGCGCUCUCGUAGUUGUUUA